AUCGAGUGAAAAAAUCAUUUCCAAAACUAGGAAUCAAACCAUUAAAACUUGUUAAAGGUUACCUGUGUCAAGAUGGUAGAAGGAGGAGGAAUCCGAUGCAUCAAGUACCUUCUUUUUACAUUCAACACAAUAAUAUGGCUGGCAGGAGGGGCCAUUCUUGGCGUAGGCAUCUGGGUCCGCGUGGAUAAGAACAUGUUUGACCCUCUGUUGGGUAGCGCCAUCUAUCAGAUAGCAGGCUACUCGGUGAUAGGAAUCGGCAGUCUCGUUUUUAUUAUGGGAUUCAGUGGAUGUUGUGGAGCCAUUAAAGAGAACAGAUGCCUGUUAGGAACAUAUAUCGGGUUUUUAGUCGUGUUGUUUUGUAUUGAGAUCGCUGGGUGCGUCCUAGUUUACCUCUACCAAGACCAGGUUCGCACAUAUAUUGGUGCCCAGAUGAACAUGACUAUGUCGGAACAAUAUGGACUCACCAAGUAUCAAGCUUUGACAACGGCUGUCGAUGAAAUGCAGCAAUUAUUGCAGUGUUGUGGACACUUGAGCUACCAGGAUUGGACAUUUGCAAGCUUUUACACAUCACCUAGUUCAGAGUUAUCAUCCAAUAGUACAGGAACCGCAGUUCCAAGGUCUUGUUGUAAGGACAUGUUGGCUGUUGAAUGUAAUGCUGGUUCACCGGGACACCCGACUUGCGUCAACAAGAUUUUUGGAGGGGCAGAAGAAGGUUGUCUGUCGGCUCUCGAGCAGUGGAUCAAGGAGAAUAUCAUGAUCAUUGGUGGAGUACUUCUUGCCAUUGGAAUUAUUCAGCUCGUGGGUGUGGUGUUUUCAUGCUGCCUCUACAAGGCGAUCAGCGACAAUAAGAUACACCCCGUCUAGAGAUAUCUGCAUCGGGAAUUGGUAACAUGAGGAUAAUGCAUUCAAAAGUCAGUUUGAAUUCCGAACAUCAAAGGAACAUCAUCAACGUCAUGCUGAAAAGGGAUUGCUUAAUCAAACGACGAGGUUGUUAUGUCGGUGGGCAAAUAAAAUGAUAUCAAACUUCAAUAUCAAAUAUAUGAUACCAAAGUCAAUCUUUUGGGGGCACCUGGAUAGGCAGUAUUUUGUUUUGCGGUAUUACUCAUUGAUACUUGGCACGUGAGUAGAUGGACACAAACAAAUAAUAAGAACUUGACAAAAGUUUACCAAAAUUGGUCGGGAAAUGAACCGAACAGAGCGUAAAAUGUGUAAAACCAAUGCACUAUGUCAAUGCACACAAAUGCACAUACAAAAUCAUUUCGUUACCUUGCAUGAUUACUCAAAUUUGAUGAUGUUUCAUCGCAAAUCCCAGAACUUCGAAAUAAUCAGCGUUCCUGGGCUCAAACCGAUCCAGACAAAAACAUUUUUGAAUGGAAUUUGAUAAUCACAAAUGAAUA